UUCCAGGGCCGGCGGCCACCCAGUCGGAGAAGAGAUGGCGGCCAGAGGGGGCUUUCAGUCGGUACCCACUGGUGGCGGAGGCGGCGUAAUGGGUCCCGGGCCGCCGGUACCCGGCGCGGGGCCAGGCAUGGGCACAGGGACUCCUUCUGGAAGGAUGGGACCGUCGCCGGCCGCGCAGAACCACAUGUACCGCUCCCCGAUGCCCGGGCCUGGCUACCCGAGACCAGGCAUGCCUCCAUCCAGCCGCAUGACCCCGCAGGGACCCGCGAUGGGCCCCCCGGGCUACGGCGGCAGCCCCGUGUCCCGCCCAGGGAUGCCCGGCGUGAUGGACCCGUCUCGCAAGAGGCCCGUCCCGCAGCAGAUCCAGCAAGUUCAGCAGCAGAGCCGCAACCAGCAUACAAAAAAGAAGAAGAUGGCUGAUAAAAUUCUACCUCAGAGGAUCAGGGAACUGGUCCCGGAGUCUCAGGCUUACAUGGAUCUACUGGCCUUUGAGAGGAAGCUGGACCAGACCAUCAUGCGCAAGAGGCUGGACAUCCAGGAGGCCCUCAAGAGGCCUAUUAAGCAAAAGAGAAAGCUUCGUAUCUUCAUAUCGAACACCUUCAAUCCAGCCAAGCCCGACGCAGAGGAUGGCGAGGGCACUGUUGCAUCAUGGGAGCUUCGCGUGGAGGGGCGUCUAUUGGAAGAUACGGCUGUAUCCAAAUAUGAAGCCACCAAACAGAAAAGAAAGUUCUCUUCCUUCUUCAAGUCUCUGGUGAUAGAGUUGGACAAAGAUCUUUAUGGACCCGAUAAUCACCUGGUGGAAUGGCACAGGACCGCAACCACCCAGGAGACUGAUGGCUUCCAGGUAAAGAGGCCCGGCGACGUGGGUGUCCGCUGCACAGUCUUGCUCAUGCUCGACUACCAGCCCCCGCAGUUCAAGCUGGACCCUCGCCUGGCUCGCAUGCUGGGCAUCCACACCCAGACCCGGCCUGUCAUCAUCCAGGCCCUGUGGCAGUACGUCAAGACUCACAAGCUGCAGGACCCCCACGAGCGAGAGUUCAUAAACUGUGACAAGUACCUGCAGCAGAUCUUCGAGACCCAGAGGAUGAAGUUCUCGGAGAUCCCGCAGCGCUUGCAUGCGCUGCUGAUGCCUCCCGAGCCCAUCAUCAUCAACCAUGUGAUCAGCGUGGACCCCAACGACCAAAAGAAGACGGCGUGCUACGACAUUGACGUGGAGGUGGACGACACGUUGAAGACCCAGAUGAACUCCUUCCUGCUGUCCACCGCCAGUCAGCAGGAAAUAGCAGGCUUGGACAACAAGAUCCACGAAACCAUCGAGACCAUCAACCACCUGAAGACCCAGAGAGAGUUCAUGCUCAGCUUCGCCAGAGACCCUCAGGGCUUCAUCAACGACUGGCUGCAGUCGCAGUGCAGAGACCUCAAGACCAUGACGGAUGUGGUGAGCAACCCCGAGGAAGAGAGACGGGCCGAGUUCUACUACCAGCCGUGGGCUCAGGAGGCCGUGUGCCGCUACUUCUACUCCAAGGUGCAACAGAGGCGACAGGAACUGGAGCAGGCGCUCGGAAUCAGGAACACCUAAAGUUAACUGUAGGAUGGCCGUGGAGGAUGUCCACUCGUUUUAUUUUUUACUUCCACUUUUUUCUUGUUGAUUUGCUUCCGGAGCACACAUUUUCCGCCUCCCCGACAAUGUCUUAAUCUCCAAACAUUCCUGUAGUCAAAAACACCCAAGUGCCAAAGUGAGCACAAAACGCAUCUAAAAAAACUAAAAUUACAACAAAACAAACACGUGUCCCGUUGGGUUUUAUAUUGUAACCGAUCAGGAUGUCCCAUACUCAAACUCUUCUUGUUUUGUCCAGGUGCCAUGCCGUGUUUUUUUUUUUUUUAUUAUUUUUUUUAUUAUUAUUAUUAUUAUGAACUAUGUAUAAUAUCAUGACUUGUCUUGUUAGCUAGUACAGAUGAUGAUCAAGGAAGUAGCUAGUUAGCAGUACCUCUAGUCCAAAUAGUUUUGUACAUACUGAGGCAGAAGAAUGACGAAUGUGAAGUUGUACCUCUUUAUCCCAUCAGAUGUUUUGUUUUGUUUUUUUUUCCUUCGUCAAAGCUCAGAUAGUAGACGCUGUAUUUAUGAGAAUAAUGAGAAUAGUCAGCGGCGAUUACUCAAGUGCAGCAAAGGCACAGGUGAUGUUGAAAAAGUUGAUUAGUAUGAUGAAAUGCUCCGAUUGAUAAUGUGUGGUGUGAAACAACACUGUAGUAAUUAUUUGAAGCUUUUUGAUGGACCAAACCUAUUUUUCUGUAUCUUCUUAUGUCAUAAUAAAGGAUAUGUAAAACUUA